AGCAAAUGUAGAAUGUAGCAGCAGCUGUAAAUUUCAAAAUCAAAGCAAGCGAUGACUCGUCAAGCCGUUGCCAAACUAUUCGGCUCGAUCGCAUCACGCAAACCCUCUCCUUCCUCGUUUUCGCUAUCGUCGUCGGCUACUCAGACUCGACAAUAUGCUGCGGCAGCGGCUGCACCUCCUCCUCCGGCAGUAUUUGUUGACAAGAACACCCGAGUGAUAUGCCAAGGUAUCACUGGCAAAAAUGGUACCUUUCACACCGAGCAAGCCAUCGAAUACGGCACUAAGAUGGUGGGGGGCGUAACACCAAAGAAGGGAGGAACAGAACACUUGGGCCUCCCUGUUUUUAAUACAGUUGCAGAAGCAAAGGCUGAAACAAAAGCUAAUGCUUCAGUCAUUUAUGUUCCCCCACCAUUUGCAGCAGCAGCAAUUAUGGAGGCAAUGGAAGCGGAGUUAGAUCUUGUUGUGUGCAUUACAGAGGGAAUUCCUCAACAUGAUAUGGUACGUGUGAAGGCUGCUCUUAAUAAACAGUCCAAAACUCGGUUGAUUGGUCCAAACUGCCCUGGUAUCAUUAAACCUGGGGAAUGUAAGAUUGGCAUAAUGCCUGGGUACAUACAUAAACCUGGUCGCAUUGGAAUAGUUUCUCGAUCUGGUACUUUGACCUAUGAAGCGGUUUUCCAAACAACUGCUGUUGGCCUUGGACAAUCUACUUGUGUUGGUAUAGGGGGUGAUCCUUUCAAUGGGACAAACUUCGUUGAUUGCAUUGAAAGGUUCUUGGUAGAUCCACAGACAGAAGGCAUCAUUCUUAUAGGAGAGAUUGGAGGGACUGCUGAAGAAGAUGCCGCACAGCUAAUUAAGGAAAGUGGGACUGACAAGCCUGUUGUUGCAUUUAUUGCUGGACUAACUGCUCCACCUGGCCGUCGGAUGGGGCAUGCUGGAGCCAUUGUCUCAGGUGGGAAGGGUACAGCUCAAGACAAAAUCAGGACCCUAAGAGAAGCUGGAGCUACGGUGGUCGAGUCUCCUGCGAAAAUUGGAGUUGCCAUGCUUGAUAUUUUUAAGCAGAGAGGCCUGGUGAGUUAGCCUCAUUGACAAAUUGAAGGAUUUUGCUAUGAACGUGCGAACUGCUCACUUUUGGCUGAAAGUUGAUAUAAUUGAUAAUUGUUGAUUAAAUUCCCCAGAAUAUGGGAUUGUUCCAUCUUUUUGAUUUUGGCCAAACACAUCACCGGUUAUGUAAUAAUUUAGGAGAUUUCCUCCCAUUGCAAUUUUUUUCCCCUGCGGAAACACAAAAUAGAUGCAUGAAAUUGAGCUUGAAGUCCUUCCUUGUUCAUCUUAUUUCUUGGGAUAUGCCCUCCUCAUAGGCAUGUAGCUGCUCUUGUAACCAGCAAGUUUUGGGUUUUAUCUUAAAGCUUUUCUGCUAAAUGGAAAAGAAAUAUGGGGACGAAGUUCACAUCAAA